UACGGCGACUACGAUCCCAACGUCCACAAGCGAGGCUUCUUGGCGCAAGAGGAGUUGCUUCCAAAGCGGGUAAUCAACCUGUACCAGAUGACCCCAGAGAUGUGGGAGGAAAGGAUAACAGCCUGGUACGCAGAGCACCGAGGCAGAGCGAGAGACGAAGCUGAAAUGGAAUAUUUGAAGAUAGCUCAGGACUUGGAGAUGUACGGAGUGAACUAUUUUGCGAUUAGGAAUAAAAAGGGCACCGAACUGCUCCUUGGAGUUGACGCCUUGGGUCUUCACAUUUAUGACCCGGACAACAGGUUGACCCCUAAAAUCUCCUUCCCGUGGAACGAGAUCCGAAACAUCUCAUACAGUGAUAAAGAGUUUACGAUUAAGCCAUUGGACAAAAAGAUUGACGUUUUUAAAUUCAAUUCCUCAAAGCUGCUUGUGAAUAAGCUGAUUCUUCAGCUGUGCAUCGGAAACCAUGACCUCUUCAUGAGGAGGAGGAAGGCAGACUCCUUGGAGGUCCAGCAGAUGAAGGCACAGGCCAGGGAGGAGAAGGCCAGGAAGCAG